GUGUCACUCUCAAUCGGCUCGUCCUGCAUAGAAGUCACACUCUCUCUGUGUCUUCCUCCUCAUACGAAAUGGCUCAAGCCCCAAUCCGGUUCGGCAUCAUGGGAUGUGCGGAGAUUGCCCGCAAGGUGUCGCGGGCCAUAACCCUGGCCCCUAACGCAACCCUCGCAGCCGUAGCCAGCCGCUCAGCCGAGAAGGCGGAAAAAUUCGCGUCGGCCAACAAUUUCCCUCUUAAUGCCAAGAUCUAUGGCUCCUACGAGUCCCUCCUCGACGACCCUGACAUCGACGCCGUUUACGUGCCUCUUCCGACGAGCCUUCAUUUGAAAUGGGCCGUACUCGCGGCUCAGAAGAAGAAACAUGUGCUCCUUGAGAAGCCCGUGGCCCUCAAUGUCGCGGAAUUCGAUAAGAUCGUGGAGGCUUGUGAGGCUAAUGGUGUGCAGCUCAUGGAUGGUACCAUGUGGAUUCACCACCCUCGGACCGCUAAAAUGAGGGAGUUCGUGAACGAUGUAGAGCGUUUUGGAAGCCUCAAAUCGGUGCAUGCUUGCUUUUCAUUUGCUGCUGCUGAUGAUUUUCUCAAGAAUGACAUCCGUGUGAAGCCAGAUCUUGAUGCACAUGGUGCACUUGGCGAUGCUGGAUGGUACGGGAUCAGGGCCAUCUUAUGGGCUGCUGACUAUGAAAUGCCGAAAGCUGUAACAGCCUUGCGCGAGCCUGUUUUAAAUGAUGCAGGAGUGAUUUUAUCUUGUGGGGCCUCUCUAUGUUGGGAAGAUGGGAAAGUAGCGACCUUCUAUUGCUCUUUCUUAUCAAAUUUGACAACGGACAUAACUGCCAUUGGAACAAAGGGAACUCUGCAUCUUCAUGACUUUAUCAUUCCCUUUAAAGAGAACGAGGCCACUUUCAGGACAUCAACAAAAGUUGGGUUCAAUGAACUUGUGACCGGAUGGAUACCGUUGCCGAGUGAGCACAUUGUCACAACAGAUCUUCCUCAAGAAGCUCGUAUGGUUAUGGAAUUCGCUGGUUUGGUUGGAAAUAUAAAAGCAAAUGGUGCAAGACCUGAGAAGAAAUGGCCAACUAUCAGUCGAAAAACACAGCUGAUAUUGGAUGCAGUGAAGGCAUCAAUUAAGAAAGGUUUCGAGCCUAUUGGGAUAGCAAAUUGACUGAAACCUUAUCGAUAAGUGUUUAGCAUGAAUGAAGAUGAAGGCAAAAAAAGCAAUGGUACAAGGAAGCCGCUGCAGCCUGCAGUGCAGCAUUUGGGGUUUUACUUCUGUAUCUAACAGACUGCUUGUGCUUAUAUAAAAAGAAAUUGCACGUGUGUUUGAAUAAUUGAAUCUAAAUUCUAAAUAAAUGUCUAGUGUUGGAAUAAUAAGUUUGAAAAGCAUUUUGGGUCACAUUUUUCU